AACGGGCAGAGCGCACUCCAACGCGGCUUCUCCAGAGUGCAGGCUGGAACCGGCGGGCACAGCGAGCCCAGAGCACCCCGCAAGCUGAGAGGGCAGAACGCGCCCCCACUGCACCUACCCCCCGGCGGCUGAAUGAGGAUUCCAGGCGUCCGCUCGCGGCCCGCAGCGCCCCGCCGGAGGUCUGCCCGCUGAGGCGCCGGCAGCCAGUGCGCUCACCUGCCAGCCAGCGCGCCAUGGGGCAGCCCGGGAAUGACACCGUCUUCUUGCUGGCACCCAACGGAAGCCACGCGCCGGACCACGAUGUAACACAGGAACGGAACGAGGCUUGGGUGGUGGGCAUGGGUAUCGUCAUGUCACUCAUCGUCCUGGCCAUUGUGUUUGGUAAUGUGCUGGUCAUCACUGCCAUUGCCAGGUUUGAGCGUCUGCAGACAGUCACCAAUUACUUCAUCACUUCUCUGGCCUGUGCUGACCUGGUCAUGGGCCUGGCUGUGGUCCCCUUUGGGGCCAGCCAUAUCAUCAUGAAAAUGUGGACUUUUGGCAACUUCUGGUGCGAGUUUUGGACUUCCAUUGAUGUGCUGUGCGUCACGGCCAGCAUUGAGACCCUGUGCGUGAUCGCAGUGGAUCGCUACUUUGCCAUCACAUCACCCUUCAAGUACCAGAGCCUGCUGACCAAGAAUAAGGCCCGGGUGGUCAUUCUGAUGGUGUGGAUUGUGUCAGGCCUUACCUCCUUCCUGCCCAUCCAGAUGCACUGGUACCGGGCCACCCACCAGGAGGCCAUCAACUGCUAUGCCAAGGAGACCUGCUGUGACUUCUUUACGAACCAAGCCUAUGCCAUUGCCUCUUCCAUUGUGUCUUUCUACGUGCCUCUGGUAAUCAUGGUCUUUGUCUACUCCAGGGUCUUCCGGGUGGCCAAAAGGCAGCUCCAGAAGAUUGACAGGUCUGAGGGCCGCUUCCAUGCACACAACCUCAGCCAGGUUGAGCAGGAUGGGCGAAGUGGGCAUGGACUCCGCAGGAGCUCUAAGUUCUGCUUGAAGGAACACAAAGCCCUCAAGACAUUAGGCAUCAUCAUGGGCACUUUCACCCUCUGCUGGCUGCCCUUCUUCAUCGUCAACAUUGUGCAUGUGAUCCAGGACAACCUCAUCCCUAAGGAAGUUUACAUCCUCCUGAACUGGGUGGGCUAUGUCAAUUCUGCUUUCAAUCCCCUUAUCUACUGCCGGAGCCCAGAUUUCAGGAUUGCCUUCCAGGAGCUGCUGUGCCUACGCAGGUCUUCUCUGAAGGCCUAUGGGAAUGGCUACUCCAACAACAGCAAUGGCAAAAGUGACUACUCAGGGGAGCAGAGUGCCUAUCACCUGGAACAGGAGAAAGAAAGCGAACUGCUGUGUGAGGAGGCCCCAGGCACGGGAGACUUUGUGAACUGUCAAGGUACUGUGCCUAAUGAUAGCAUUGAUUCGCAAGGGAAAAACUGUAGCACAAAUGACUCGCUGCCAUAAAGCAGUUUUUCUACAUUCUAAGAUUCCCCCAACCCAACAGAACACUAAAUAGACUAUUUAACUUGAGUGUAAUAGAUUUAGAAUAAAAUUGUAUAGAGAUAUGCAGGAGGAAGGGCGUCCUUCUGCCUUUUUUUUUUUUUAUUUUUCUAAGCUGUAAAAAGAAACCCAGAAAAUGUAUUUGAGUGAUUGUUUCUUGUACAGUUCAGUUCCUCUUUGCACAGAACUUGUAAGUUUAUGUCUAAAGAGUUUGAGUCCUCGUGGCCCUGGGUCUGCUGUGUUGUGAUGUCUUUUCCAUGUAUCUACCUCACUGGUGAAGUAUUAGGGGUAAUAUAUUGCUGCUUGUAUCUGAAGGAGAUAUUCCUUCCUGCACCCUCGGACUUGAGGCUCUUGAGUAUCUUGGACCUCUCAUCUGUGAACAUGGACUCUCCCCCGCUCCUCUUGUUUGCUCAAACGGGGUGUUGUAGGCAGGGAUUUGAGGGGCAGCUUCAGUUGUUUUGCUGAGCAAAGUCUAAUGUUUACAGUAAAUAAAUUGUUUAACCAUGUCUGCAUUGCA